GUGCCAACUGCCAAUUUGCCAAACUUCCUGGUGAUCGCUGGUGAUGAAUGAUUCUGACUGGACUGAAUCGAGUAGUGAUGAAUUAGCAGAAAAUCAUGUUCAGGUUCCCUUACAGUUUCAUGGAGUGUAUUUUCUACUGUCAAAAAAUCCAAAAUAUAAAGGAAGGACUUACAUAGGGUACACUGUUAAUCCUAUUCGUCGAUUGAAGCAGCAUAAUGGUGGGAUUAAAAAAGGAGGGGCUAGAAAAACAAGUGGAAGAGGGCCGUGGGAUAUGAUACUGAUUGUUCAUGGCUUUCCUAAUGAUAUAGCUGCUCUCAGAUUUGAAUGGGCAUGGCAGCAUCCUUCCAAAUCAAGGCGUAUAGACAGUUCUGUUGUGAAGCAUGUUUCUAGAGAAACUAGUCUUCAAUUCAAGUUGCGUAUUUUAUCCUACAUGCUCUCUGUUGGACCUUGGCAUCGUUUACCUUUGACAAUAAGAUGGUUAAAACAAGAUUAUGAACAAUAUUAUCCUGCCACUGUGCCACCACCUGUACAUAUGCCUAUGUUGUAUGGAGCUUUUGAAAUGACAAAGGAAGGAAUCUCAUGUAAGAUUUGUAUUCAAGAUGAUAGAGAAAGAAAAAUGUUGUGUCAACUUUGUGGUCGAGAAAAAUUAGAAGGUAUGUGUGCCUCUUUCCUUCAUUGUUAUCAUGAGAGUUGUUUGUUUAUGGCUCAUAUCACCUGCUUUGCAGUUAAAUUUUGCUCUGAUGAUGAGGUUAUCCCUGUCGUAAGCACUUGUCCAUCUUGUAGUGGAGAACUUUUAUGGGGACAACUAAUUAAAUCAUGUAGUGAAGUAUCAUAUAAUACACAUACGUGUAAUUUGCAACUUGUUUGACUGCUCUGUUUUUUUUAACUUCAUUACUGAUAUACAUUGUAGUAUACAUGUAUGUACGUCCAUCAUUUUGUGUUCAUGCAUGGUCUUCAUUGUCUUUGUGAGUGAUAUCAAUUAUAAUUAUUUUUGCUUUUGCUUAAAAUAACUUUUACUUUCUGUGUGCUACCUUUCCCA